GAAUAACAAACGCGGAAGAAAAGAAAAGAAAAAAGGGAAGGCAAGAAGAGGAGAUGAGAAGAGGUGAUCCCAAGUGUGGAGUGGAGGAUGAUGUUGAUGAUGAUAAUGACUAUGGUGAGAUAGGUUUGAGGUUGAAGCUCAUCCCAAUCAAGUAAAGUCUCAUAAUUUAUUAUAUAAAUCUAUUUAUUUAUCAACCUUUCUUUCUUCAAUUUUCCAUUUCAUAAUUAUUCUAUUCCCAAUUUCCAAUUCCCAAUUCAUCAUGAGGAAGAUGCCAUUGCCAUGGCCAACCCCUUCUUCGUCUUCUUCUUCUUCUUCCUGGCUGCUCCUCCUCCUCCUCUUCCUCCUCGCCGGCUUCACCACCAGCUUUAACGGCGGCGGCCCACUAGUCCCUGUGUCGCAGCAUCAGCAUGAUUUCAACUCUCCUGCCAUGAGAUCACUCAUGUCCCUUCAAUCACCUGAACAUGAGCAUGAGCAUGAGCAUGAGCAUGAGCAUGGAACGGCUUUAAAGGCUGCUCUUGAUGGGACGAUUCACUUGGUGUGGAAGAACAGUACAAGAGUAAUCUGGUCGUUUUCUUCAGGACCCCCAAUUUAUACUUCUUACCAGGCUCCUUUCUCCCAACUUGCUAAUUCCACUGUUCAUUACCAAAAUAACUUUUAUAUUGAAUGUGGGGAUGAUUGGAACUUGUAUGCCCACCAUCAAACAUUUGGAGUGCAUAAUUUAUCGAUAAGUAUUGAAGAUUUCAUAAAAGGGGCUCCAUACACAUUAGAGGAUGGAGCAGUUACAGUUGGGUCCAAGAAGACUACUGUGUUUGAGGUUGAUCUUAGGACUGGACGACUCAUUCACACUUACCCAUCAUCAUCAUCAUCAUCCGCAUUGAUCCCAGCAGCUCAAGAUCAUCAUACUCUUCAAUAUAAUGAAAACCAAAACUCUGUGGAGCUGCUGCGUCUACAAAUCAUGAGGACAGACUAUACACUCAAGUCAUUUGUUCCAAGCUCCAACAAAGAAUCCUGGAAUAUGACAGUUGCGGAGAUUGGAGCUGCUUUACUUUGUCCAGAUGUUGAUCAACCGGUUGGUGGAUCUCUUCUCACUUUCAAUGAUAAGAUCAGGCAUGAAAUUGCCAGUGAUAUUGCCUUACCACUACCAUGUCAAUCAAAAGUAUCAGUUUUUCGCCACAAAAAACAUGUGUUGUUUGAAUUUCCUAAGCUUGAAAUGCUACCAGGAGCGCAUGAUCGAGAUGCAAUGCUCCCAGAACAUGCAUCAAGACCAAUGCUUCGUGAACAACCCAAAGAUAAUGGUGAUUAUUCAAGUCUAGAAGAUGGGCAUGAUAGUAUAUUGAGUAACUUAUUUGGUUGGUCAACUGCAUUGUCUCUUGCUUUGUUUAUUGGUAUGCUAGUGGGCAUAGUUAUCUACCACCACGUUCCAUUGAUUAUAGGAAAGGUUUGGUUUAAGGAGCAGACUAGAAAUUUAAAUUCUAGAGCGUCACCUUCCAAGAGAAAGAAAUCUCGGAAAUCAGAAAAGGGGAUGAAAGAUUCGUCUGAAAAUGGAGAUGAUCUUACACACAGUGAGGAAGGUAAUAACAAAUCAGGCUUAGACCUAAAUCAACUUUUCGAUUGUGGUACUGAUGGGCGGAGGAUUGGUAAACUUUUUGUGUCAAAGAAAGAAAUUGGUAAGGGUAGCAAUGGAACUAUUGUGCUUGAGGGAAUGUAUGAAGGUCGCUCAGUGGCUGUGAAACGCCUUGUCCGAGCUCAUCAUGAUGCGGCUGAUGCGGCUAUUAAAGAAAUUCAAAAUCUUAUAGUAUCUGACCUACAUCCAAAUAUUGUGAGAUGGUAUGGGGUAGAAUUUGAUCAAGAUUUUGUCUAUCUUUCUCUGGAGCGUUGUACUUGCUCGUUGGAUGAUUUGGUUCAAAUGUACUUAAAGUCUUCUCAAAAUUCAGCAUCCACCAGCGACCAUGCUAUGAGAUCUACAACUGAUUAUAAUGUCCACUUGGAGUCAGUGAAGAAUAUCAUGCCAGAUUUAACUUUACAGAAACCAAAUGGCCAUCCAUCACCUUUAUCACUGAAGUUGAUGAGGGAUAUGGUUUCUGGUCUCGUGCAUUUGCAUCAACUGGGGAUAAUUCACCGGGAUUUAAAGCCUCAAAAUGUUUUGAUAGUUAAGGAAUCUUUACGUGCAAAGCUUUCUGAUAUGGGGAUAAGCAAACGCCUCCAUGGGAAUAUGUCUUCCUUGGGUCCUCACGCUACUGGUUGUGGCAGUUCAGGUUGGCAAGCACGGGAACAGCUUCUUCAGGGGCAGGGGCAAACACGAGCAGUGGAUUUGUUCAGUUUAGGCUGUGUUCUGUUUUUCUGCAUCACUGGUGGUGAGCAUCCAUUUGGAGAAAGUCUGGAACGUGAUAUGAAUAUUGUGGAAGAUAAGAAGAAUCUCAGCUCGGUUGAGUUUAUGCCGGAAGCUUUUGACAUUAUCUCUCGUCUAUUGAGAAAAGACCCUAAAUUGAGGCCAAAGGCAUUAGAGGUGUUACACCAUCCUUUAUUCUGGAAUUCCGAAAAGAGGCUUUCAUUUCUUCGUGACACUAGUGAUAGGGUUGAACUAGAAGAUAGAGAGCCUGGUUCUGUUCUUUUGAAAGAACUAGAAAGUAUUGCACCCAUAGCUUUGGGUGGAAAAUGGAAUGUGAAGAUGGGCAAAGAAUUUAUGAACAAUAUUGGCCAAUACAGGCGUUACAAGUUUGACAGUAUUCGAGACUUACUGAGAGUGAUGCGAAACAAGUUGAAUCAUUAUAGGGAGCUUCCAAAAGAAAUUCAGGAACUUGUGGGACCAGUACCUGAUGGUUAUGAUGACUACUUUGCAAGUCGCUUUCCAAGACUUCUAAUUGAAGUAUACAAAGUUAUAAGCAGAAACUGUAAAGAAGAGAAAUGCUUUCAGCAAUAUUUCGAGACCAAUGUGGAGUAGUUCCGUUGACCCUUUUAAGAACUUGGAAAGUAAACAAUGGCAGAAAUUGUGGUGGGAAUUGUCUGUUGCUGUAAAAAAACAAUUAUGAAAUCAUUCAGCAAACUUGUAAAACUAUGUACAUGUAACCUCUUAAGUAAUGUAACUAUUAGUUAACUUAUAUUCAAAAGAUUCUUUUCAUGGAUUUAUUUUAUUACAAUGAAAUUUGUUCUAGUCUUGUGAGAAA